CUUUUUUUGUUUAUUAUUGGAAAUCAGAACGUUCAACUCGCAGAGACGGACGCCAGAAUGGCAAUCCAGCAAGGACGAUUGAGAUUGAGACUCGGAUUGCUGCCAGUGCUCGCGCUAGUGCUGCUUCUAGCCACGACAGCAGCGACUGCAGACGACAGUGACAAUCAGGUCAACCCGCUGGCUGCCAUCGACGUGUGGCUCGGUCGACUCGGUGGACGCCUCGACACAAGCCUCGUCGAACUGCGCAGCGAUGGCGACCGCGGCAGGGGUCUCGUUGCCAAACAAGCCAUUCCUCCAAAGACGGUCUUUGCGAGAAUCCCGCUCACAGCACUCAUCAACAUUGAACACGCAAUGGUGAGCGAUCUCGGUCCAGUGAUUGACGCAUCCGACCUCUCGGAUCAAGAAAUCAUGAGCGUCUUCUUGUGGCAUCAAUUGCACGGAUGCGGGCAAGUCGAGGACGGAGGCGUGGCCGAGUCAAACUGGCAGCCGUUCCUCGACACCCUGCCAGACCGGCAAGAAAUGCACCUGACAAUGCUGUGGACACCCGAGCAACUUGCGCAUCUGGAUGGUUCUCUCUUGCGCGACUUUUCCGAGCGUCGGAUUCAAGUCCUUGAGGCAUCGUUCAAGCGGCAUCAGCAAAGCACAUUCGGCAAGUUUCCGAGCGCAGAGUCGUGCGAUUGGACCAAAUUCACCCUCGAGGACUUUUUGUGGGGCAUGGCGAUCGGUUGGAGUCGCACACAUGCCGUCCGUGUCCGCGACGGCGAGGGCGCAUGGCAGACUGCCAAUUGUCUUGUUCCGGUCGCGGAUCUCCUGAAUACUGACAUUGCCAGCAAAGUGAACGCCGAGUGCUACACCAACGAUGAGUCUACGCAUUUUGAAUGCCGGACGCGGCACCAGCUGGCUCAGUCGGAAGAGCUUCUUGCACAGUACAAUGCGGAUAGCGCAUCCAUUGACAACCACCACCUCUUGAUGGACUACGGGUUUGUUCUGAACGAUGACUCUGCUCGGCGAGCUGCAACGAUUGGUCGCCCCAUUCCGCUUGACGAUCCCGAUCGUGCUAAGCGUCUAUCGGUGUUGAAACAGCACAAGAUGCAAAUGGGAAUGAGCUUGCCUCUGUCCUUUACAGAUUUUGAGCUCCCGUUGACGUACUAUCGCAUUCUGUGUGCUCGAUCGCAGGUGCUCAACUCAAAGUGGACCCCAAGCUUUAAACCAACCAUCCUGCCAGAAGAAGAGACGUGCGCCCGAGACCACCUGCGUGUGGCCAUGUUGGAGCAACUUGGACGAUUCCCGACCAAGCAAGCGAGCGAGCCCAUUGCACUCGCGCAGAUCCAAGCAGCGUUUGCUGAAAACUGCAAGACCAACCCGACCAACGCCAAGUGCAUCUCGUUACACCGGCAGGCGCUUGCCAUCCAGUUGCGCAUUUCGGAGCGUGGUUUGUUGAGCGAUUUGGUGCAGCGUCUCACUCAAAAGGAGACUCCAUCGAAAACAGAGUUGUAAACAAAUUAGCGCAAAUUUUGUUGUUGUUGUUUUUGUUGUCAUCUUUUUUUUCUUUUGCGGCGAUGAUUUCCCAUCGAUGAGCAGGCGUAUCAAUGGGGGAGUUAGUUGUUUAAAAAUAUUCGUUGAACUUGGAAUGCGCGACAAUGUUGUAGACUUUGAAGAGUUACACAUGCAACCACGAUGACAAAUCAAUAUGAAAAUUUCAC